ACAAUGUUAUGGUCCAUCCUUGUCUUCAAUCCAUGGAACAAUCUUCACCAACCCUGAAGCAAUUCGCCACCAUGGCUCCUCCUUCCUUCAAUUCGAUACUCACCCUGCAAUUUUCAAGAAACUGUGACAAUAACAACAACGCAGAAAUUGUUCGGGCCUCAGUUUCAGUUUCGAACCCUAAAUCUCUAGAGAGAAAUUUCAGAAUCCCUUUCUAGAAAUUUCAAAAACCCUCAAUCUCUCAUGGCUUUUACUGUUCGAAACUGACAAACGCUAAAUAAAUCUAUGCUUCUCGUUGUUGUUUCUGUGGUGUACACGAAUACCGGAUUUCCGCAGCUCUUGUUAGAGUUUUCCUCCGCCCACGUUUCAUAUUCUCUGCGAUUCUGGUUGGUAAUGAAGCAGGGAAUUUUGUUAUUUUGGAUGGAGACUCAUGGUUGUUAAUGAGUGCUUUUGGUCUGUAGCAUAAUCUUAAAAGCAGGCUGUUGUGCAAUCCAUGUUCGGUAGUGCUAGGGAUGCAGAAGUGGCUUGGUAGCUAUUAACUAGACACCAGAAACAUUGCCCUUGAGAAACUUAGUGGGUAUUGAAUGUAAAUGAUCAACAAGCCACAUGAAGUAAGGAAGAACAAGUGUUACUUGCAGAACAAUCUAUCAAGGGUCAUGACAGUUUGAAGUAGAUUAGUCUUAACUUAGCUAUUAGAUUGUGUGUGUUAGUUUGUUGUAACUACAUAGAGUUAGUUAUCCAUGUGGCAUUGCCAGCUAAGCAGAAGCUUCUAGUAUUAGGAAGUUAGUUACAAUCUCAGCUUGUGUAUAUAAGCUACUUUGUACUCUUUAUCUCAUUUCAUCAAGAAUCAAUCAAUACAAUCUUAGUUUCCAAAAUGAUUUCUCUCCUUUUAUCGUCUUUCUCUGCCAUCUUCAAGUAUCAGAGCUCAACUGAGCUCUUCUGUGCAUCGCAACCGUUUAUUUAUUUUGUUAUGGCGUGCGACGCCGCAGCUGUUGCACCACCAGCUGCUCCUCCUCAAGAUCCAUCUCAACAGCCUGGAAAUGUGUAUUAUGUGCAUCCUUCUGAUGGACCUUCAUCCGUUUCCAUCACACCGGUUCUGAAUCACUCCAACUAUCAUUCUUGGACGAAAUCCAUGAGGCGCCCACUUGGCGCGAAGAACAAAUUUGAUUUUGUCGAUGGAACGAUUCCGGUGCCAAAUCCUUUCGAUCCAAGCUACAAAGCGUGGUGUCGCUGCAAUAUGCUAAUCCAUUCGUGGAUCAUGAACUCUGUUGAAGAAUCGAUCGCACAGAGCAUCGUUUACCUGGAAAACGUGAUCGAUGUUUGGAAUGAAUUGAAGGAAAGGUUCUCACGUGGUGAUUUCAUUCGAAUUUCAGAACUUCAGAUCGAGAUCUAUGGUCUUAAACAAGGAUAUAGCAGAAAUUUUGGCGACAAGGGCACAAAAGAUUGGAAGUUCAAGAUCCACCAGAAGUCCUUUUGGUGAUGCAGCGCAGGCUUUGGGAUAUGUAGGCUAUGCAGGUGGCAAGCUUGAUGAUGUAACUGUUAUAGUGUCAUUAGUUCAAAUUACAUAGCUAUUUCUCAUUUAUUUGUCUCAUUUUCUAAAAUGGAGCUAAAAAUGGCAAUAUGAAGUUAGCUA